ACAUGUCGUUCACCGUGACCGAGGUGGGCGCUUCGGAAUCUCAAACGCCAGCUGCCGUCCUGCCACCCUACAUCCCCGGCAUGGAGGGGGGCGAGUGCUCGCUCUGCGCUGUCAAUCCGGCACUAUGUGAAGAGCUCGGGCCAAACAACGCCAUCCGCGGCCUCGGGUAUCGCGGUGAGAACGCGCGGCUGCGACGCAUGCUCGCCCGUCUUCGCUCCGGCAAGCCAUUCAACGUCGCUGUCGUCGGCGGGUCUGUGUCCAAGGGGUACUCUAUCUUCUCGCACCACCCGAACGUCGACCCCAGAAACAUGCACCGGAUCGUAUUCGACCACCUUAACGCAAAGUUUCCUGGCAAAGGAGAGCCUAAGAUCGAGGGCGAGUCGGCAAAGGCGGAGGGGCGGAACGGGAUCACCAACGGCGCGCUCGGUGCCACAGGUACCGAUUACUUCCAAUACUGCUUCGGCGAGAGCAUCCCGGACGAUGUCGACUUGGUGCUCAUUGAGCAAGCUAUCAACGACCACCGGAAACUGGAGUUUGCCGAGCACUACGAGCAGCUUGUGCGCUCGCUUCUCGACCUCCCCGGACAGCCGGCGAUCAUCAACAUCCACGCUUUCGGGUUGAUUUUCGAGAACAUCGCGACUGGCGGCGACAUGCACCUCGGCACGGCCGAGUACUACGACAUUCCGACGAUCAACCUGCGCAACAUUUUCCUGCCGCAGAUCCUGGAGGACCCAGAAGCGAUCAAAGACCUCUUCUGCAAGGACCGCAAGGAGGUCCGCGACGAGCUCGAGGUGUAUGACCUGCGCCAUGUCUGCGAGCGCGGCCACCGGAUCGCGGGCAACCUCACCUCGGCGUAUAUCGACAUGCAGUUGUGUGAGAUGGACCGCAUCGAGCGCGCUGCCGGUCACUCGCGCGUGGACGAGCUUUACCCGCUUCCCCGGUUGCCGAGGCAAGGGUUUAACCAACGAUUCGAGGCAGGCAAGACGAUGCCGAAGCUCAAGCCGAACUGCUUCACGAUGAACGCGGAGAAGAACAAGCUUGUGCCCUCCAAAAGCGAUGGUUGGCGCGAGUGGUUCCACCCCGAUGUUCCUAGCAAGAAAUACAUGAUUGCUGAUAAGCCUGGUGCGUCCAUCAGCGUCAAGUUCCGCACUUCGCUUGGCCGCGUCGAGCUACACUACCUCACCUCGGGCACGUUCGGGCUCGGCAGCGUAGACUGCAGCGUGGACGGCGGGCAGAAGAGGCGCUUUGACGGACACGAGAACUUGCGUCCUGGUGUCAAUGUCGGGAGAGCCAAGGUGCUCGCCGAGGGGCUCGCCCCCGGCGAGCACGAGCUCACGUGCGUCCUGCUGGACCAGACGGCGCACCCAGGAGGAGGGAAAGAGUUCCGCCUCAUCUCUGUACUGAGCGUGUAAAUCUUAGAGUGUAUGUAUGGGC